AUGCCUGGUGCCACUUAUAUAUUUGGGAAGAGUGGAGGCCUCAUCUUGUACACCUGGCCAGCUAAUGACAGACCAAGCACGAGGACUGACCGUCUUGCUGUGGGCUUCAGCACAACAGUGAAGGAUGGCAUUCUUGUACGGAUUGACAGUGCCCCUGGACUCGGUGACUUUCUGCAACUGCACAUAGAACAAGGCAAGAUUGGUGUAGUCUUCAAUAUUGGCACGGUGGAUAUCUCUAUUAAAGAGGAAAGCACACCUGUGAAUGAUGGCAAAUACCAUGUGGUGCGCUUUACCAGGAAUGGCGGCAAUGCUACGCUUCAAGUUGACAGCUGGCCAGUGAAUGAACACUAUCCAACAGGCAACACUGAUAGUGAACGGUUCCAAAUGGUAAAACAGAAAAUCCCCUUCAAAUAUAACCGGCCUGUAGAGGAGUGGCUGCAGGAAAAAGGACGACAGUUAACGAUCUUCAACACCCAGGCGCAAAUAGCCAUAGGAGGAAAAGACAGAGGGCGUCUCUUCCAAGGCCAACUCUCCGGUCUCUAUUACAAUGGCUUGAAAGUGUUGAACAUGGCAGCAGAGAACAACCCUAACAUUAAAAUCAAUGGAAGUGUCCGUCUUGUCGGGGAGGUCCCUUCCAUCUUGGGAACAACACCCACAACCUCUGUGCCACCAGAAAUGUCUACUACUGUCAUGGAAACCACAACUACAAUGGCCACCACUACAACCCGAAAAAAUCGUUCACCACCUAGCAUCCAGACAACAGAUGACAUUGUUUCAUCCGCUGAAUGUUCUAGCGAUGAUGAAGAUUUCAUUGACUGUGAACCCAGUACAGGUAAGUCAGGAGGUGAAUUAGUUAUUCCUCUACUUGUAGAAGACCCUUUAGAUAUCCCUCCUAUUGCUACUCGUGCACCUUUCAUUACACUUCCCCCUACCUUUCGCCCCCUCCUCACCAUUAUUGAGACCACCAAAGAUUCCCUGUCCAUGACCUCUGAGGCGGGGUUACCUUGCUUGUCGGACCAAGGCAGCGAUGGUUGUGAUGAUGAUGGCUUGGUGAUAUCUGGGUAUGGCUCAGGGGAAACCUUUGACUCUAACCUACCCCCUACUGAUGAUGAAGAUUUUUACACCACCUUCUCCUUGGUAACAGAUAAGAGUCUUUCCACUUCAAUCUUCGAAGGUGGCUACAAAGCACACGCACCCAAGUGGGAAUCCAAGGACUUUAGACCUAACAAAGUCUCCGAAACUGGUAGGACUACUACCACGUCUUUGUCCCCUGAGCUGAUCCGCUCCACAGCUUCGUCCUCGACUGGGAUGGUACCCAAAUUGCCAGCCGGCAAAAUGAAUAACCGUGAGCUCAAACCCCAGCCUGACAUAGUCUUGCUUCCGUUGCCCACUGCCUAUGAGCUAGACAGCACAAAGCUGAAGAGCCCGCUAAUCACUUCCCCCAUGUUCCGUAAUGUGCCCACAGCAAACCCCACGGAGCCAGGAAUCAGACGGGUUCCGGGGGCCUCAGAGGUGGUCCGCGAGUCGAGCAGCACAACGGGGAUGGUCGUCGGCAUUGUGGCUGCUGCCGCCCUCUGCAUCCUCAUCCUCCUGUACGCCAUGUACAAGUACAGGAACAGGGACGAGGGGUCCUAUCAGGUGGACGAGACGCGAAACUACAUCAGCAACUCAGCCCAGAGCAACGGCACGCUCAUGAAGGAGAAGCAGCAGAGCUCAAAGAGUGGCCACAAGAAACAAAAAAACAAGGACAAAGAGUAUUAUGUGUAAAAAAGAAUACUUAUUUAUAUAUAUAAAUAUAUAAAUACUUAAUGAGAUUUAACUAUCAGAAUCAUUGCAGUGAACGAGAUUAGGAGAUAUCGUUUGUGGGAAAAAGUAUUGGGAAAAAAAAUAUCAGCAGUGACUGUUAAUGUCUCAGUCAUCACUUGGAGUCAGCAAACUCUGCCCUAAUGUAUUAUAAAGCACACUUAGCGUUCUGGAGAUGGCGCAUACAGCUCUGCCCUGUUAGUGAACUUGGACGUCUCCAAAUCUCCUCCUCCGCUGAACUUUCUGCAAAAGUAGAAGACUUCAUGGCUUACUUGUUUCAUAUCUCCAAGUGAGUCUUUAACAAUGUUCGUGAUUCCUGACUGUGUCAAUAAUUUUGCAGUUUAGUUAUUAAAAAAAAAAAAGAAAAAAAUGCAAACAUUAUUAAGCAACAAAAAAAAUAUCUAACAAACUGAUCUGGCUGUGUCCAGCACACCUAAUUUUUUGAGAUUGGAGGAGGGGAAUAAAUGAUUUUGGAGAUUGUUGGAUUUUGAUUUGGUUUGGUUUCUUGGGUUGUUUUAUUUUUGAUUUUGUUUACUUUUGGGCGUGGGAGGAAAGGGUUGAAAGGAAUGUCGUGGGAGUGGGGAGCAUGAACCAGGGAUAUGUGUUGAGAAGAAAUCUCAGAAAAAAAUCCAUAAUAAAUAAAGAGAGACUAUUGCCAUAUAUGAACUCAAAAGCUACUCAUGGUGUUUACUCUGCAUAUCUGGUUGUGUUGUCUCUAGAAACCGUCGUCUUGCAGUAAGUUAUUUGCUAACAAUGCAGUCAAAGUGUGUGAUGGGUGCUGAUGAAGAAAGUUUCAUGGAAAGCUGGUCCCCUUGGAUCUGCCACCAGGAUUUGCAAAUGAACUGAAGAAUAGAUGGGUUUGGGUCUGUUCUGAUCAGAAUCAUUGGAAUUAUUUGAGAAUAUCACUCAGUAUGCAUUAGCACAGCCAAACCACAGUUAAGAGGAUUUGAAGAUUCAAAAAAAGAAUGCUUAAGAAACAGUUAGUCAUUCUGAGCUAAAUAUACCAUGCAAAAAUAAAGGAGCCUUCCUCCAGGUUCUAGUUCUGUGACUGAUUGCAAUGCAUGCAAAAAAAAAAAAAUCAGUUUAAUAAAGGGAUCAGAGAGACACCACUGGAGUUCAACUUGUGAUAAGACCCAUAAAAUGUAUGAAAAGUUAAUCACUUGUAAAAGAAUGCAAAAAUGUAUAGUUUUUUUUUUUGACAUGAAACUGUUUUUUCAUAUGUAAUAUUUUAAUUUUGUAGCUUGACAUUUCAGAUCAUUGUCUUUCCAUUUGCCCUAUUCUCUCUUUUCCUUCUCUUUUAUAUAAAAGAAAAUAAAGCUGCUGUGACACACAAAAUAAUAAAGAAAAAGGAAUUUAAUAAUAUUAUAUAUAUACACACAGAUAUAUUUAUCAUGGUAUGCUUGAUGGGACGACUGGAACAGAAGUUCUGUUAUGGUCUUAAUGUGGAAUAAGAAUGUUCUUGAAGAACAAAGUAAAAAGAAACAGAAAGCAAAAGCAAACCGUAAGAUGUGAAGAAAGCGUGUGUUUUAGCUUUGUCACAGUUAUCUGUGUCAAGAAAAAAUAUCUGAAAGUUUGUUUACAUAUUUUACUACUAUUUUUUUUGCUAGUAUAAUUUCUAUAUGAAUACCCUGAAGGUGUCUAUACUGUUUUAUGGUUAAAUUGGGAAUGUCUUUUGUUUUUAACUAAUUUAAUUUGGUUGUUUGGUUCCUACAUUUUCCCAGUUACUGUGAAAAGGAUUAUCUUACUGUAUAGAAAAAUAGCCAGGUGGUUUGAUGGCCAUACCUGUCACAUACAAAAAAAAAAAAAGCAAGUGAGGGAGAAAGAGAGAAAACCAACAACAACAACAACAAAAGAUGGAUUGAGAACUCUGGAAUAUCAGAAAUGUACACUUUUUCUGUAUACAGAUGAAAACUAAUCAGCUGUUUAGGUUUAGAAAUCUACUCUUGCUGGUGUUCAUAAGUCGCAUGAAUAUUUGACUUUGAAGAAGUGUCAUCAAAUACACACACGCACAUGGGAACUUAAAUUCAAACAAACAGCCUUCUCAAACACUUAGAGAAGCUGCUUUCAUGUUAACAAAUAUUUUCAGUGUGUAUGUGUGUGUGGUGCGUGUGCGUGAGAGGUUGAGCUUUUUUUUCCUUUUUUAUUUUUUAUACUAAAAAGAAAAAAAAGACAGGUUUUAAAAAGGUAUGAAAGCACGAUUUUAGAUGAUUUAACUGGCCAAAACUAUAUAGAGUUGAUUAUAUCUUGAUGUCUGUAAAAGAUUGCUGUUCUUGGAGUCUUGGAGUCUUGUGAAAUGAUUUCCUUUCUUCCUUUCCUUUUUGCUUUCCUUUUCUAAGUUAAGAGGAAAAAAAACAAUUACACUUUCCUUUUUUUGUGUAAGUUUCUAUUGGACAGUUUUGGGGAACAUGUGCAUUCCUGUAUGUGGGCUUCUACCAUAUCCCUGUUGCUUUAUAAACAAUCUUAAGAAUUUUUAUUUGAGUUACUGUGAUGUUAUUGCUUUUUUCACCAUUCUUUUCUUCCUUUUUGAUUCUUUUUCUUUUCUUAUUCGCAUUUUGUUUAAAGAUACGCUUAGCAAUAAAAUGUU